CUUGAAGGUGAAUGGAGUGGAGUAUUGCGAUGCAGCAUGCUCUGGUAUUAUAGAUACUGGGACAUCCUUGAUAGUCGGAUCUAAUGCAGUGGUGGGUAAAAUUAAUUCCCAACUCGGUGCCGUAUCUGCAACGGAUGGGGAGUAUAAAGUCGACUGCGGUAAUCUCAAUAACCUUCCUCCCAUUGAGUUUAUCUUCAAGGAGAGAAGAUAUGUAUAUCAAGCAAAAGAUUACGUGGUUAAA